ACUUAACCAAUUGGUCAAAAGUAAUAUAAAAUAAUAAAAAAAACAAAAUCAAAAGAAAAUUCAACGAAAGAAAAAUCGAACCCUGAGAAAAAGAAAGAACCUCGGCAUUAAAAGUUCAUCCAAAUUAAAACAACGUGGGGGAGAAAAUGGGAUGCACACAACACACGCAGAGUGACCAGUGAGAGAAACAAUUCAUUUUUAGUUAAUUAAAAAAAAAACAAAAUUUAGAAACAUAAACAAAAGAAAAAAAGCAUUCUUCAUUCGUUGGGUUUGAGUUUGUUUUGUUUUUUAGCUGGCCCUCCUGUUUGACACGAGCAUCAUCAAUGAUCACACCGUUCGUUCAUAAAAGCGAUAAAAAAAAAGAAAAAACAGAUUAAGAAUAUUAUUAUAGUAAAGUAAUUAAUAACGAAAGGAAAAUAAAUAUGAAAAGUGGUGAAGGUGUUGUAGUUAUAGGAGUCAUCAGCGACUGUUGUUUUUGGUUUAAUAUUUUUGUUUAUGAAUAUGAAUAUCAAUUACCACCCUUAUUAUUAUUGAUUUAUUAUAUAAUUUGGUUUGGAUUUUGUUGUUUUAUUCUUCAUCUUCAAUGUUCUUUCUUUUCAAUUUAUUUUUUCAUCAGCGGAUAAUAAUUGUGUGCCUUUCCAUUCCUUGACUAUCACGGAAUUUUUGGUUUCUCGAAGAGAAAUUUGGGAUGACAAAAAUAAAUAAAAACAAAGAAACACCAAAAUCGAUUCUAUUCUAUUGCCCUAAUUAUUUUUUCUUUUUCUGGUCUGCGCUGGUUUCUUUUUGUGGCUUCGUUCUGGAUUCCUAGGGUUUGAAGGGGGAAAAGAGGUUCGAUCGCGAUCGAUGGAGGCCGAGGCGGAGAACGACGCCGUCAAGAGAGAGGAGAACAGCAACGAGAACGACAACAACAAUGAAAGUAACAGCAAAAUUGGAAAUUCCAGUGAGGGUCUCAGCAAGCCCAAGCGCCAGAUGAAGACACCGUUUCAGCUUGAGACGCUCGAGAAAGCUUAUGCUGUGGAGAAUUACCCGUCGGAGGCGACGAGGGCGGAGUUGUCGGAGAAGUUGGGCUUGUCGGAUCGGCAGUUGCAGAUGUGGUUCUGUCACCGGCGUUUGAAGGACAAGAAGGACUUGCCGUCGAAGAAGCCGCGUAAGGCGGCGGCGUUGCCGGAUUCUCCGCUGGCGGAGGAGCCCAGGCUUGGUCUGGAAGUGGGUACUGAAUACGGAUCCGGGUCGGGUUCAGGAUCCAGCCCGUUUAACCGCUCGGAGUUGAGGAAUGUGGUGCCUCGGGGCUACUAUGAGUCGCCGCAGACUAUAAUGGAGCUUAGAGCAAUUGCUUGUGUGGAGGCUCAGUUGGGGGAGCCAUUGAGGGAACAUGGACCCAUUCUUGGAGUGGAGUUUGAUCCUUUGCCGCCGGAUGCAUUUGGGGCACCAUUAG